UCUCAAACGGUUUUUAAACGGUCUAAUGCCGGCUGGACCACUAAAGACCGAGCCGUUCACGUUUAUGGAUCGUACUCCGGUUCGGUUCUGACAACAUUGGAGAAGAGACAUGAUGCUCAAGUUGGACAUGAAGAAGGCAUAUGAUAUGCUGGAUUGGGAGUGCCUCGAAACACUGUUGGAAAACUAUGGGUUCGAUAAAAGAUGGUGCAGAUGGGUUAGCUCGUGCAUCCGGACGGUCAAUUUCUCCAUCCUCUUCAAUGGUGAAGCAGCUGAGGAGUUCAAACUGUCCAGGGGGAUCAGACAGGGAGACCCGCUUUCCCCUUUCCUCUUCAUUUUAAUGUCUAAUGCACUCACCUUUCUGAUUGAUAAGGCAGUUUCCCAGAACCAGUUAAAAGGAAUUAGAUUGAACGCGAGAUGCCCGAUUCUCACCCACUGUCUGUUUGCAGAUGAAACAGUGAUUUUGGGAAAGGCUGACCAUCAAGAAGCGGAGAAAAUCCUUGAUCUUAUAAGAGAGUAUGGAGCCAUCACAGGACAAGAAGUAAAUAUCAACAAGUCAUAUGUUUUCUUCAGUGCGAAUGUCCCCGAUGCGGACAAAGCUGCAAUCAUUGCUCACAUCGGUUUUGCCUCCUCUAACUGUCACACCAAGUAUUUAGGAGUGCCGACGGAAUGGGGGAAUUCAAAGAAGGAAACUUUUCAAUUCCUGAUUCAUAGAAUGGAGAAGAUGAGGGAAGCUUGGAAAAGCCUCCUCCUUUCCCAUGGAGGGAAAGAAGUUUUGCUCAAAGCAGUCAUCCAAGCUAUUCCUUCCUACAUCAUGUACCUCUUUAACCUUCCAGUGAACCUCACCAAGUAGAUGGAUUCUCUCCUCACCAACUUCUUUUAGUCAAGGUCAAUGCAGAAAAGCACUAUGCACUGGUGUAGGAAGGAGAUUCUAUGCGCUCCAAAGUCAGAAGGGGAGUUGGGUUUUAGGAGCUUCAAAGAUUUUAACAUGGCACUGUUGGCGAAACAAGCUUGGAGAAUCCUAAAUUCCCCUAAUGCCCUUUGGUGUAGACUCCUUAAGGGUCUGUACUUCCCGAGAGGAGGAUUCCUGCAAUCGAAAAAAGGAAGUAGAUCCUCCUGGAUCUGGGCAAGUCUUUGGGAGGCUAAGAAGGUUAUCAACAUGGGAGCAAUUAGAGUGAUCGGGUCAGGGGAGGAUACAUGGAUUGGUCAAGAUCCCUGGAUUCCGAGCAUGCAGAAUUUUGUUAUCGGAAGCAGCCCCUAGCAGAACCUGAGGGUCAAGGAAUGGAUAGACCCAGUAAGUAGAAGCUGGAACGCGGACUUGCUUCAAGGUCAUGUGACGAGGGAAUAAGUGGAGGCUAUUCUU